AUGUUAAAAUAAAUUGGUAAUAGAAAAAACGGAGUAACAAUUGAUUAAAAUUUCAUAAAAAUCCUUGAGAAUCAAGAAUUUUUGACAAGUUCACAUUUGAUAUUUUUCUAAAACGUUUUUAAUAAAUAUUUUUCCAAUAGAAGAAAUAUAUUUUUAGUUGAUUGCUAUUUCUUCGCUGAGUUUAUGCCAAAACUAACCAACCAAUUAUCCAACGAUUUGAUUGACUUUGAAAAAAUUAAUAAAAUCAAAUAAUAGAUAGUGGAUAAGAAGACUUGCUAAUCAAAUAUCAUUUCCAAUUCAGCGAAUUUAGAAAGGAACUAACCAAUUCAAUAAGCUAAGGAAGAAGUUUAUAAAGCGAAGACUAAAUAGAAAAAAUUUAUGUUCGAAAUCAUAAGCAUUAAUGAAAUUAAAUAAGUAGAUGAGGGAAUUUUCAAAAUUUCUUAAUUAGAAACUCUCCUUUUUCAAUAAACUUUGAAUAAUGAUUAUUAAAAAGGAAGUUCAAUUGCUAAUUAUGAUUAUGCAUAUUUUCCAAUUAACUUAGGAAAUUCUCAUUGGAUAAGCGUAUUAGUCUAUUUUAAAGAGGGCAAAAUUAUAUAUUAGGAUUCUCUAAACGGAUACAAAUCAGAUAUUAUGGCUGGAAUUGAAAGAAUUAUAAAAUAUAAAUGCACAAAAAAUUUUAAAUGGGAAAUAUAAAAAAAUACUCCAAGGCAAACUGGAGUUUCAGACUGUGGUGUUUUUGCCUUAUAUGCUCUCUUCUUUCUGUAUACAAGAGGAGAAGUUAUACAAAGUGAUAGUUAUUCAGAGACCUUUAUAAUUAGAGUUAGAUAAAAUUUUGUCGCCUUGGCAAAAGCUGAAUUAAACAAUAAUCUUAAUGCUGAUUAAGUUAUUGAUUUAGUCAAUUCAUUCUGA